AUGUUCAAUGAAACUCUUCCGGAGUCAUGGACACACUAUUUCCAUUUCCCCAAGGGCAAGACUAAAGAGUACAGUGAACUACGCAACUAUACUACUUACAAAUACGGUAUAAUAACUACAGUAUUACUUUGCUUUAUUAUUCUUUUCAUACCCAUUUAUCACUAUAUCAUCCUACACAAUUAUAGACUUAAAUUCCACUUUCUAAAAAGGUUUUAUACUAGACUCAAUCAUUACAUCAAACAUGACCACAAACCAAACUGUGCACAAGCCACAUUUCGAGAUAGAUUCAACUCUCGAGCAGCGCAAGCGGUCAAAUCGUUUGCAUUCUAUAUUCUUUUGCAUCUUUCGACAAUAACGCAAUUGAUAUUCUGGACAGCUUUUUUGUCGACAAUGUCCCUUGUUGAUAUAUAUCAUGGAGAUCUCAUCUUUUUAGCCAAGAGGUUGGGCAGAGUUGCCGCGAAUUGCAUGCCUACAGUCUUAUUUUUGACAUUGAGACCGUCUCCAUUGCCCAAUAUCUUGUAUCUCACGUUGAUUCCAAUCCAUAAAUGGCUAAGUCGAUUGAUUGUUUUGCAAAGCGUUUUGCACACCCUAAUAUAUUUGGCUUAUUUUGACUUCUCGCAUACCUGGCAAAAAACGUGGAAGAAAGAAAACGUUUACGGGUGGGUUGCUUUAUUGGGUUUUCUCGUGAUUGUGGUCACGUCACUUUCAAGUUUUAGACGGCGAUGGUACAAGAUAUUUUACAUAAUGCAUUAUUCGUGGACAUGGAUCAUCGUUGCUUGCUUACAAAUUCACGUGCGACCACAACCCUUCACAUUCUACACUUUGGCCAAUAUCGCCAUACUUGUGGGGCAAAUUGCAUAUAGAUGGCACCUCACACGUGUCUCGGUUCGUGGCGAAGUCAAAGUAAUUGAUGUGUCGCCAAACUUAUCAUUGGUAGAAUUCCCCAAUAGUCUCAUCUCCAAACAGGCAACUGCUCCAGGCGCCCAUAUUCGAUUAACUAAUUAUAGUUCAAGUUGGAUUGUUAGGGUUUUUAAACAAAUUAUUCCAAAUUAUCAUCCGUAUACUUUAGUCUCCUUACCGCAGGAUCGGUAUCAGAGGCUCAUCAUUAGAAAGAGUAAUUUCCAAUUAUUUGAUGGGCAUAAAUACCUCAUCACUGGAAGUUACGACCCACAUUUGUUAUUCAUCAAUUACAAAUUAUCCAACUCGAUUGCGUCGGUAGCAACAUCCAACAACUAUACUAAUAAUCAUAACAACAAGAAUACAUCAAAGAAAAACAAGUGGAUGCUUUCCAAAUUGCAUGUUGAUGCCAAAAGGAUCUUGAUUGUUGUUGGUGGGUCUGCUAUAUCAUUUGCAUUACCAAUAUUGCGAGCAAUGAAUUAUCAUGGUGUUCCUACAAAAGUUGUUUGGGUUAUCAAAGAUUUCAGAGACAUUCUUGUACUUAAUUACUUUGAUGGGUUUAUCCACGGUGAAGAUUUUGAAAUAUUUGUCACUGGCUCUAAUACAUUGGAUGAAAAGUCAAUAACUUUGAAAAAUUGCAAGUCCAACCUUAGCAAACGCUCAAUUGGUGCAUUGUCUGCUCACUAUGAUUUGGAAAAUGAAAGAAUCCCGCUUUUGGGUUCUAAUGAACAAAUAACCAGUUUGAACCAGGAAAAUCAGGUCGAGGAUGUUGAUGUGGGUAUCAACUCUGAUGAAGAGGCUGAUGCCAUUGAUGAUGGCGAUUCUGUUGCUUUUACUGAUGCUGAUUGCACUCAUCACACUACGCACAUGGGAAUACAAACUUCAACACCCCGAAACAGGUGCCCUGACAACUCGGCUGUUUUAUUUGAUGAUAUAGAUGAUGUCUUGGAAAAUGAUGUAUCCCAAUUAUUAGAUAAUCGAUCUUUGAACUUUGGCUACGGCAGUAGCGGUAGCAUCGGUAGUGGCAGUAAUAACAACAGCAAUGUUAAUAAUAAUCAUAACUAUGCAUAUUAUGACGAAUUCGAAGUCACCAAUGAUACAAUCAAUCAACUUCCAAAUGCACCACAAUCACCACAACAAGAUUCACAUCUGCAUUUGCAUACACGCGCUUCUUCGCCUUUACAAGCAAGCUCACCAGCUGUUUCAUCUGCACACGUUUCUCGUAGACCGUCCAUGAAUGAACCAUUUAUUCCCAUAUACUCAAGGUCUUCUCCGGCCCAAAGCAUUUCCUGGAUCUCACAAUUUACUUCUCUUACUAGAAAACUCAAUAUCCAGCACAAGAUCUAUAAAGGGCGUCCCAAGUUGAAUUAUAGGUACUACAAUUGGUGUAUCAAUGAAGGAUUUACCCAAUGUUCUGGGCCCACUUUGGAUGAACAUAAUAAUCUUGUAUGUUGUCAAGACCUACCAAGAAACAAAGUCGUCGAGGAAGAUUUAAAUGCCGAAAAAAUUUGGGUAAUAGGAGCUGGACCAAAACAAUUGGUGGAAAACGUUAAGCUUUGGUCGAGUGAAAAUGGAUUAAAGUUUCAUGAAGAAGCAUUUUAUUCAUGA